AUGAUGCUACGAGAGUACAGACAGGGGGGGUUCACUGAGAACGGGCUUUCGUAUCUCCUUGAGAAAUGCACUCGGCUGGAGGGGCUUCGUUUGGAUUGUCAGUGGAAUCUGGCCGCCAUUCCCUCGUCAAUCGGCGGCCUUGCGUCACUCAAGAGCCUGCACAUCACCGACAGGGGGAGAAUCACUCUCCUUCCAGACGCGUUCACCUCGUUACAGGCACUCGCGCAUCUCGUGAUUGAAAUGAACGGUGUGGAGGAACUGCCGCAGGACUGCGGCAAUCUGAUGCUGCUCAAAUCGCUCCAUCUGAUCGGCUGCCAGUGUCUCAGUUCCAUUCCCGAUUCUUUCGGGCAGCUUGCCAACUUGACGCAACUUUCCAUCAGUUGCUCCACAAGGCUUCAGCUGCCCGAGUCCAUCUCCAACCUUACAUCGCUGCUGACCCUCGAGAUUUCCAACUGCCAAGACCUCUCACCGCUGCCCGAGAGCUUCGGGAACCUCCCAGCGCUUGAAACCCUACGUCUGGAGGAUGUGGGGGGGAUCAGAAAUCUGCCCGCGAGUCUCGGGCAGCUGUCUUCUCUGGCGAAUCUCAUCCUCGCCGGCAUGACACUCCACCAUCUGCCUGACGGCGUCGCUCUCCUCCCACGCCUACGCACGCUCAAGCUAGACGUUGGAAUUGCCGUGCAGCGGCAUCCCUCCGUAUACCUCGCCACCACACUCAAAGAGCUCACGAUUGAAAAAACUAGAACUCUACAGUCUCUGCCCGAAGAAUUCGGGCAGCUUACUGCCCUCGAGGCCCUGCGCCUAAUUGAGCUUUCGCGGCUCAGCAGCCUGCCCACGUCGCUUGGCGACCUGACGAGCCUCAAGGAGCUGAAAAUAUCCUUCUGCAGCCUGCUGACGCAGCUUCCAGACUCCCUCACUCUGCUUUCUUCCCUUGAGCUGCUGGAAAUCAAGGAUUGCUGCAAACUGAUAGAGCUACCACAGGGCAUGGGGGAUGGUCUGCAUAGCCUGCGCGGACUGACUCUGCUCGAAUGCACGGCUCUCAACCACCUCCCUCCAUCCUUCUCCAGCCUCUCCUCCCUCGAAACCCUAGUAAUCCAUCGAGCAACCAGCUUAGGCGCGCUACCUGACGGGUUUUCCCACUUGACAAGCCUUAAGAAGCUCUCUCUUCAUGACUUACCACACCUGACCGCCCUGCCUGCCUGCCUCCCUGCCAUCGGCCUCACUCUCACCAGCCUCGAGGUCGUCGGCUGCAAGCAAAUCACAGCGCUGCCAGAGGAGAUCGGACGGCUGGGAGCGCUUGAAGCUCUCACGCUCUACAAUAUGCCCAACCUGAAGUCGCUCCCUCACUCGCUGUGUGAGCUGCAGCGGUUGAAAAGACUGCAAGUGAGCUGCAGUGCGCUGCAGUCGCUGUUUGGGGAUGAGGACGGGGCAGUCGUUCCGCAUGGUCGUGGGGCGGGAAGCACUUGCCUCCAGUUACCCGCCCACACGGGUAGCAGCAGUGGCGCUGGCAGCUGUGGGGGGUGCGAGGAGAGUGACAUGAACGUGUUGCUGCCAUCCCUGGAGGAUCUUCAACUGGCGGCCCUUCCAUCGCAGCACCUCGGUGCAUCGUUGGGCUCCUUCUCCUCGCUAUCCCACCUCGAGAUCUCGCACAUGAAUCGCCUCCGCUCGCUCCCACACUCCAUCUCUCGCCUCUCUCGCUUGCAAUCACUCACGAUCACUCGUGCCAAAAGCCUGCUAGCUCUGCCAGAGUCGAUAGGGCAGCUCUCAGCUCUCACAUCCCUCCACCUUGACGGUCUCCUUCCCGAGUCCUUCCCUGCUCUCUGCAGACUGCAGCGGUGCCAUUUCUGCAAUGUCGGCAUUUCGAGCCUUCCAAAUGACUUCUGGAAGCUCUCUGCUUUAAAAUACCUCAUGCUCACGUCACUGCCCAAACUCUGCAGCUUGCCCGAAUCUUUCUCGCAACUGCCCGCGCUGGAGGAGUUGAGCCUGACCCAGUGCGAGGGGCUGGCUCAGUUACCCUCGGGCCUGCAGCAGAUGGGGAAGCUGCAGACAUGCAUCAUCAGUGGGUGCCCGCUGCUGCCGACAAGAACAAUCGCAUCGAUUCACAAAGCGAACUUGGACGAGGGCGAGCGCUUGGUUGAGGAGGAGGAGGAGGAGGGGGAGGAGGAGGAGGAGGAGGAGGAGGAGGAGGAGGAGGAGGAGGAGGAGGAGGAGGAGGAGGAGGAGGAGGAGGAGGAGGAGGAGGAGGAGGAGGAGGAGGAGGAGGAGGAGGGGGGGGGGGUGGGGGGGGAGGAGGAGGAGGGAGGGGAGGAGGAGGAGGAGGAGGAGGAGGAGGAGGAGGAGGAGGAGGAGGAGGAGGAGGAGGAGGAGGAGGAGGAGGAGGAGGAGGAGAGGAGGAGAGGGGGAGGGGGAGUAGGAGGAGUUGGGGGCGGCAUGAAGCCGGGCGACAUCAUCACUGCGUCCAACGGCAAAACCAUCGAGGUGAACAACACGGACGCGGAGGGGCGGCUGACACUGGCGGAUGCGCUGCUGUACGCGCAGCAGCAGGGCGUGGAGAAGAUGGUUGAUGUCGCCACCCUCGCUGGCGCCUGCAUCAUCGCCCUCGGGAAUGACAUCGCUGGUCUCUUCACCCCGAGUGAUGAGCUAUCAGCGGAGCUGGAGGCGUCGUCCAAGGCGUGUGGCGACAAGGUGUGGCGCAUGCCCAUGGAGGAGGCGUACUGGGAGGGCAUGCGCAGCAAGCAUGCCGACAUGCUCAAUACGGGCGGCCGUGAGGGUGGCUCCAUCACUGCAGCGCUCUUCCUCAAGCAGUUUGUGGCGGAGGGGCUGCCAUGGGCGCAUGUGGACAUUGCAGGGCCGGCGUGGAGUGAGAAGAAGGGCGGAGGCACUGGCUUCGGUGCCAGCCUGCUCUACCACUGGGUCGCCUCCCAAUCAGGGCUCUCGCUAGGAUUCUGGCCUGUCUGA